GUGGGUGGCGGUGGUGGCCGUAGCGGUUCCUCCUGGCCCUGUUAAUGUCGGGGCCAGGCCCGGGGAGGAUGGCGCCCUAGAGCCCGGCCUCGCUGGGGUAGGGGCGGGAGGGGACGGGGUGGGCACCGGCCAUGUCGGAGGUGACCCGGAGUCUGCUGCAGCGCUGGGGCGCCAGUUUUAGGAGAGGCGCCGACUUUGACUCUUGGGGCCAGCUGGUGGAGGCGAUAGACGAGUAUCAGAUAUUAGCAAGACAUCUACAAAAAGAGGCCCAAGCUCAACACAAUAAUUCUGAAUUCACAGAAGAACGAAAGAAAACCAUAGGCAAAAUUGCAACAUGUUUGGAAUUACGAAGUGCAGCUUUACAGUCCACACAGUCUCAAGAAGAAUUUAAACUGGAGGACCUGAAGAAGCUAGAACCAAUCCUAAAGAAUAUUCUUACGUAUAAUAAGGAAUUCCCAUCUGACGUUCAGCCUGUCCCCUUAAGAAGAAUUUUAGCACCUGGUGAAGAAGAGAAUUUGGAAUUUGAAGAAGAUGAAGAAGAGGGUGGUGCUGGAGCAGGGUCUCCUGAUUCCUUUCCUGCUAGAGUUCACGGCACUUUACUACCCAGGCUGCUGUCAGAGCCAGGAAUGACGCCACUCACCAUCAGAAUUGAGAAAAUCGGUCUGAAGGAUGCGGGGCAGUGCAUCGAUCCCUAUAUCACAGUUAGCGUAAAGGAUCUGAAUGGCAUAGAUUUAACUCCUGUGCAAGAUACUCCUGUGGCUUCAAGAAAAGAAGAUACAUAUGUUCAUUUUAACGUGGACAUUGAGCUCCAGAAGGAUGUUGAAAAAUUAACCAAAGCUGCAGCUAUCUUCUUUGAAUUCGAACACUGCAAGCCUAAAAAAAGGUUCACCAGCACCAAGUGCUUUGCUUUCAUGGAGAUGGAUGAAAUUAAAGCCGGGCCGAUUGUAAUAAGACUAUACAAGAAACCCACUGACUUUAAAAGAAAGAAAUUGCAGUUAUUGACCAAGAAACCACUUUAUCUUCAUCUACAUCAGACUUUGCACAAGGAAUGAUCCUGACAUGAGUCACCUGGAACGUCUGUGAAUUCUCCCACCCAGUAGCAACCCUCCUGGCUCUGUGUAGCGCAUUCCCCCUCUGCCAGGCAGGUGGCAGGCCUCACGGGCGCCGGCAGGCCAGAGCGAGCCCGCGGGAUUCACAGCCCAGCACGCCACUGACCUAGACGACUCCUUUGGAUACGGGCUUAUUGUAGUUUUGAAACAUGUUUUUACUUUUAUAGUAUUUGUGCAAUUCAUAGUCUCUUUUCUAACUUACCACUAUUCCUGCCCUGCUUCCUGGAACAACACUGCUGUGGGUAGGAUGUGCUCGUCUUCAAAAUUAAUACAGCAAUAAGAAUGUGCUAGAG